GUGCGGGCUCCCUCCGGGGCGGAGAGCGGGCCGGCGGCGGCGCGUGCGGCGCCGCCUCCCCUGAGGCCCCGGGCGCGGCGCGGGUGCCGCCGGAGGCCUUGGCGCCGGAGCUGGUGAGGCAGGAGUCCGGCCAGCGGGCGGCGGACGGCUGCGAUGCGGCGCUGGGCGACGGAUUCGCGGUCUUCCGCGACGAGCACGCCAGCUGGGCGACAAGCACGAGCAAUGCGCGGCUGGUGAAGAACUUCGGCCAGGAGUCCGAGGCGGCCGAGCGGAGGGCCCUCGCCGCGUUCGACGCCGUGGCCGCGCCGGGAGACUGCAGCCGCCAACGAGGAACGCUUGCCGAGGGCAUGAGGAAGGUCAUUUGGGAGGUGUACCGGUUCCAGCGAGCCAUCGCGGAGAAGGAGGAGGCCGUGGCGCUGGAGGAGCGGCUGCUGGCGGGGAUGCGCAGGCGUGGCGGGCGGCUCCGCGUGCAGGAGAAGGUCGACAUGUUGCGGAAGGCAGUGGCGGCCUACAAGGCCAAAGCGCAGGAGCUGACGCCGCCUUGGGCUGCGGAACAGGCGGCCUCCGAGGACGCGGCCGCCGAGGGGCGCCUCGGGGUGCUGCAGUUCCGCGUCGAGGAGUCCGCCGGCGGCCAGUACCUGGCCAGGGUCUGGCAGCUGCGCCAGGAGAAGAGCGUGCUGAACGAGCGGGCCCACGGCGCCUCGCUCUCGGUCGAUCCGGCGCUGCGGGUGCUGGUGCGGCCAGAGGGCCUCGGGAACAUCCAG